GUAUCGAUGACACUGUGUCGAGGCAACAUGGGAUCAAUAACAAAAGAGGGAAAUGACAGUCACUCGUCAAUCAAGCGAUCAACUUUGUUCUUUGUUGUAAUUCAAACAUAACUUUUAAAAUAACAAUCAAUAGAUUUAGUCUUAUCUAGUUUAACCUUUAUGACGUGAAGCAUUGAAUAAGUGGCACGGUCACACAGGCAUUUUUACAUUUUGUAGAUUCUUUUCUAGACCACGUCAAUUCCGAAAAUGUAGCGUCAUUUAACUUUUUAGAUUGAUAUUAGACUACUUAUACUGCGUACGCCUGUCUUGCUAUUAGAGCGAAUUGACAAAAUUUUACUGAAAGUAGUUUGUUUCAAUUUAAAAAGUGGUGUAGAUGUUCAAGAAUAAAUUCUAAUUUAGACUUGGAGAGAGAAUUGUUGCGAUGAAUCGAGGGCGCUUAACUUUGAGUGACUGGUUUGACCGUCACGUGAAAACAUCAACAAUAAUACUUUGUAUUCUGACCUAUCAGGCCUAUGCGACUCCAACGAUCACUCCAUUCAAUCCAAGUGUUGUUCCUUUGCCAGUAGAUGCAGAACAGUUGACUAGUGUCGGCCCCAAGAUUGAAUGCACCCCAGGCACUGCCAACGCAGCUUGUACUUGCUCUGUUACCUCUCUUGUGCCUUUUGAAGUGUUCAAGAUGCCACCCAAUGCAGCGGAUCCAUAUGUGUACUACUACGGCAGCCAGACGCUAGCAGCUGGUACAACUUAUAUUGUAGACGUCCAGUGUAAGGAUAAUAACCAAGGCCAAGCUAAGUCUCAGAUACUGUACGUUGAGGUUCAAGCUAAUAAACCUUUUACAAUCAGGAAUUACCCAUCAGAUUCUGUUAGUGUCGACGCUCAGACUACAGCUGUGGGAGGCGUCGUUUACACAGUGGACUACGACGACCCUGAGAAGCGAGCAAUAACAUCCAGCAUGACGCAGAGUCCAAACCAGGGGCUGUUCAGCAUUGGUGCGGGAGAUGGAAAGAUUCGAGUAGCCACUGACCUCAGGUACGCUACCUCUUCAGCGUACAAACUAAAAGUCACUGCUACGGACGGGUACAACACUAUCAAUGAUUUCGUCGUGACCGUCAAUCUGAAUAACUUGAACCUGCCUCCUUCCAUUGACAACCUUCCUCUCACGUUCACGGUCGACGAGACUGCUCCAAAAGACUUUGAAAUAAUUGACAUGACCGUCACUGACCUAACCAGAUACGUGAACCCAAUGGAGCCAGCGUGUACAUUGACCACGCCAAGUGACAUCACCAAGUUUAAGAUUUCAGGUACAAAAAUUGCUGUUGCCUAUGACAACGCCCUGGAUUACGAAGUGAAAUCCCGCUACACAUUUAAAUGUACACUCCUUGACGGAUACUUGUUUAGUGAUGGCAAUGACGUGUUGACAAUUGUAGUCAAUGACAUCAAUGAACCACCCAAAUGGUCAGCUACGCAGUACUACUGUAAUAUAACAGAGGGAGUGGUAGGUGGGGCAUCCUGCUCACUGGGGGCCAAGCUGACUGACCCAGAGGGAGACAGCUACACAGUGACUGUAAGUGACCCAAAUUUCAGCUACGACAUAGUCACCAACAGUUUACAAUGGGCCCAAAACUACGACCUGGAAAUGACAACAGUUUCUGAAAUCACGACCACUUUGACCGCCACUGACAGCAAAGGCGCCAGCAGCACGGCAUCUGUCCAGAUUCAUGUAUACGACCUUAACGACAACAAGUGUCAGCUGAGCUCUAGCUUGCUGAUUUACUACGUGACAGAGAGUGACGAUGUCAAACAGCUGGGCAGCUACUCCAUGAUAGACGAUGACCUCACCUCACCCAACAACGAUGUUCACCUCGAGGUGGCCGCAGUCAGCCCUGCGUCCACCAGCAAUUUCAUUAACGUCACGCCAACUGGCGAGAUUUUUUAUACAAACCUGUUUACCUACGACCUAAGUGGAACCACGUUCAAGACAUUUGUCCGAUGCGUGGACGGUGGUUCGCCUCAGCUGACAUCCUUCUCCACAGUUCAAGUGGUCUUUACGGCCCAGACUACGACCACCGUAACCACGACAACGUCCACCACCACCAAGAGCACCACCACUACCACAAAGGGCAUGUGGGAUUACACCGAGUUCAAGGUCUUCUUUGGCCUGCUGAUGGGACUCAUUGGACUACUUGUGCUGUUAUUAUUUAUAGCUGUAGCCUAUUACUGUCUGAAAAAUAUAUGUGUACGACCAGUUAAUCCUCCACAACAGCAAGUCCAACAAUACCGUCCUAACCCACAAAGAUCAUUUCCUCCAAGCGAACAUUCAACAUUAACACGAAGUGAUGCCCCUGUAAACACUCGGUGGGAAAACAUUGCUUGGAAGGGAGAUGACGUGCCCGGCUCCCUGCCAAAGGAUCAUCUCUAUCAUUAUCAUUAAGUUCAAUAAUAUUAAAGACAUUUACAAUGGCAUCUAUCUGCAGCUAUAUUUCCAUGGAGGAAAAAGUCCUCGCGUUUUGGUACAUCCAGUGUAAAUAUACAUCAUACAAACGAGUGAUUAAAUUCUUUAGAGUUUUAUUGUAAUGCUACUUCUACUUUAAAGCACUAUGUAAUCAGUUUAUCCAAGCUCUUUUGUAUGUAAAUCAUAGUUUUUAAAAAUGAAGUUUAAUUUAGCAGACUUGACAUUGUUUAGUUUACCCUGAAAAAUCUCCAAUAGGCACAAGUGAACCAAAGAUCUCAGUCAAAUAAAUUCACACAUUUCAAGAAUAGUUCGGCUUCAACGUACACAUGUCUUCUUAUUCAUCAAAAUACAUUCAUCAUAAAAAUAAAUAUUAGACUCACA